AUGCCACCCACAUCAUAUAUUCACCCUAUCCCCCAGCCCACUCAUCUCCGGUUAGUAUACUCUGUAUGCGCCAGAUACCCCCUCCAUCCCACAACGCUCUUCCGGCUCAUCUGUAUCAUCCAUCUCACCUUCACCUCUAUCACGCAGCGGACAUCCGGCUCAUCUGUAUCAUCCAUCUCGCCUUCACCUCUCGCACACCAGACGCCCGGCUCAUCUGUAUCAUCCAUCUCACCUUCACCUCUGUCCCACAAUGCUCUUCCGGCUCAUCUGUAUCAUCCAUACCGGCAAAUAUUUCCAUUGUCCACCGGGUGGAAUAUCAUGAGGCCCACCUGUCUCCAUUUCACCUGGGACCCCCAGCCCACUCGUCUUCCAUUAUACCCCAUACCCCCGGCUCACUUGUCUUCCAUUAUACCCCAUACCCCCGGCUCACUUGUCUUCCAUUGUGCUUCACAUACCGGCCCACUCAUCUUCCAUUGUGCUUCACAUACCGGCCCACUCGUCUCCAUUGCACCCGGUACCACCGGCCCACUCAUCUUCCAUUGUGCUUCACAUACCGGCCCACUCAUCUCCAUUGCACCUGGUACCACCGGCCCACUCGUCUUCCAUUGUGCUUCACAUACCGGCCCACUCGUCUCCAUUGCACCCUUACCCCCGGCCCACUCAUCUUCAAUUGUACUUCUCAUCCCAGCCCACCCGUCUCUAUUGUACUUUGCAUACCGGCCCACCCGUCUCCAUUGCACCCCAUACCCCCGGCCCACUCGUCUUCAAUUGUACUUCUCAUCCCAGCCCACCCGUCUCUAUUGUACUUCGCAUACCGGCCCACCCGUCUCCAUUGCACUUCAUACCCCCGGCCCACUCGUCCCCAUCAUACCCAUCUCCCUGGCCCACUCAUUUACAUUGCACACCAUUCAGCCGGCCCACUCGUCUCUAUAG